AUGGGCAAAUCACAGUCCAAGCUCUCGCAAGAGCAGCUGGCCGAACUGCAAAAGUCCACACACUUUGACAAGAAGGAGCUGCAACAAUGGUAUAAGGGGUUCCUCAAGGACUGCCCCUCGGGCAUGCUCACCAAGGACGAGUUCCAAAAGAUCUACCGGCAAUUCUUCCCCUUUGGCGACCCCUCGAGUUUCGCCGAUUAUGUAUUCAACGUGUUUGACAGCGACAAGUCCGGCACCAUCGACUUCAAGGAGUUCAUCUGCGCGCUGAGCGUCACAUCCCGGGGCAAGAUGGAGGACAAGCUCGACUGGGCAUUCCAGCUCUAUGACAUUGACGGCGACGGCAAGAUCAGCUACGACGAGAUGCUCAAGAUCGUGGAGGCUAUUUACAAGAUGGUCGGCUCUAUGGUUAAGCUGCCGGAAGACGAGGACACACCCGAGAAGCGAGUGAAAAAGAUCUUCCGGAUGAUGGACAAGGACGAGAACGGGAGCCUCGACAUGGAGGAGUUCAAGGAGGGCAGCAAACGCGACGAGACUAUCGUAUCUGCCUUGUCGCUAUAUGACGGCCUAGUCUAG